AUGAGCUGGCUGUCUUCCAUCAUCUCUGGUCCUCAGGACAGCCGCGACAGCGGCAAGCAGGUGGAAGCUAGACAGCGAGCUGCCACUAGAGCGAGGCUUGUGAAGAACCUUAGAAAUGCCGCACAAGCCUUGGCGGCGCUGCAAGCCAAGCAGCAGCAGGAGGGGGUUGCCCCGCCGCAGCAGGCCGGCGGCGCCAUGGGCAUGGUCUCCGAAACGGGCGGGAUUCCACGGCGUCAACAGCCACCGUUGAUUGGAGGAGACACCGCCGAGGCUGUCGCGUUGUGCGUCGCCAUCGAGCAGUGCCUGUUCCAUCGCAUCCGGGUUAAGGACUUCGGCGUGAUACCCUUUUGGGCCUUCCUUGAGCGGGUGGAGCGGCUCCCUCUUACGAUUGGGGGGGGUGGGGCCGGCCGGCAGGGCCCGCGAGAGCGCCGUCUUGCGAGCGUCCGGAACACGGUCGGGGCCGUGGCCUCCCUGUCGCACGUUUCGACGCCGCUGGGAAGGGCGAGGGCGUGGAUCCGCCAGUGCCUGGUGUGCAAGUGCCUGGAGUCUUGCGUGGCGGCGUUGCUGGAGGAAGACCGGCUCGUCAAGGUGUUCUACGAGCCGACAGCCCUGGCACGAUGCCGAGAAGGAUCGAUCAUCCUCCUGCGCCUGUGCGCGGCCCUCGAAGCCUUCGACGUCGCAAUCGACACCGACCAAUCGGCUCUCAACACCCCGCCGCGCUGGCCAAUCCUGGAAGAGGAAGAAGAGUGGGACCGACGCGCGGAAGAAGCAUCUUCAGCCGCAGCCGCCGCCGCAGCCGCCGCAGCCGCUGCUUCGGGUACCCGCGCGCGUACCGCCCCCGGCUCGUUCGAUGAGACGGCGGUGGCGGGAGGGGCGAUGGGUAGGUCGGCAGCGGCAGGAACGGCGAGGGUCCCACCCGCUGAGCACGGUUCGGUGUCAUGGUUUCAGGAGCAGCGGCAGCGGCAGCGGGAGGAGGAGGCGGCGGCGGCGGGGAGGCGGUCGGAUAUGGGGGGGUGGGCCGCCUCGGCCCUGUCGGAGAUCGAUCAGCUGGCAAACGGGAACUGGAACGAGCAACUGGACGACGUGCUUGCCACAGUCAGCUCCAAGGUCGACAAGGCGGUCCAGUCCUUAGACGAGACGAUCCAAGACAUCUUCGGCGACGACGAUGACGUCAACAACAACGAUAGCAAGGCCAAGGCCAGCAGCAGCGGCGGCACCCGCGACGGGUGGGUGGAGCUGCGAGGAGGCACCGCCAAAUCAGCGUCAGCCCUGCUUCACCCGGAAGAAGCAGCAAGAGACGUGGCGGCGGCGGCGGCGGCGGCGGCGGCGGCGGCCGCAGCGACAGGCGACGAGCACUUAGCGUCUAGUUCCGGGCGAAAGAUGACAGCGGCUGGUCCCAGGGCCGGGGCGGGAGGAUAUCCGGGUGCGUUCGUGAUGGGCGGCCGUCGAGGAGGCGCUAAGGGGAGGGGACGGGUCUUCGGCGUCCCCUUGGAAGACCUCGUCCUUAACCCGGAGAGGUGUCGGCGGGGAACGCUUGACCCCGCGCUUGGGGUUCCCGAUGCCGUCCUGAGUCUCAUCGAGGCGCUCUCGGAGGAAGGCUGCCGCAACAGUCCCGGCCUGUUCCUCCGCGAAGCCGACGAGACCGAGCUGGUUAAGGUCGUCAAGAGCCUCGACAAGGCUAACACCCUUCCGGGAAGAAGAGGUGGCGGUAGUAGCGGUUCUUCGGCCUCGUCCCCAGCGUGGCUGGUGUCGCGCCUAACGGGGGGCGGAGAGGGCACGGCGGAAGAGGAGAAGUCGGGGGGCAGGGGGGCGCUAGGCGUGUCUCCGCAAGCGGUGGCGACCGCGCUGGUGUACUUCCUGCACCGACUGCCUGAGCCGCUGUUGACGUUUCGGAGAAGAGAGGCGUUCUUGGCCUGCGAGGCGAUCCCGGACCUAGACGCUCGAAUCCGCAACGUCCAGCUCCUGGUAGAAGACUUGCCUUGGGCGCACCAGCCUUUGCUGCUAGCCCUCGCCAGUCUUUGUGGCACGAUCGCACCACCGAAAAACUCGCUGCCGCUGCCGCCGCCGGGGAGGCGGCGGCCGGCCCCGAAAACCUCAAACGACAUCAAUUCCGCCGCGUUUCUGACGGAGGGCGUAACCAUCGUCGACGAAACGGAACUUGAGGCGGCGGAGGAGAUUGGAGUCGUCGGCGGCGUUGCGGUUCGGGAUGCGGUGGAAGCUCUGGCACCGGCGCUGCUGCGCUAUCCACCGCCGGCUGUCGGAGGGGGUGGGGAGGGUGCAGGUGCGGCGGCGGGGGCUGCGCGGAGACUGGACUGGGAAGAGGAGAUCGCGGCUGCCGCGGUGGUGGAGCUGAUAUUUACCGAGCAGCGGCGCGUGCUGGCAGGCAUGAGGGCGGAGCAGAAGCGUAGGGAGGAGAGGCUAUCGCGCAAAGUGGAACGUCUGGAGCAGCUGCACAAGAUGCUGGAGGCCUCCGUUUACCUCAAGCGCCCGGCACACCUGGCAAUCGUGAUCUCGAUAUGGCGCAGAUUGGAGAGGGUAGAGCACGAAAUGCUGCUAGAGGCUGCGGAACGGGGAGAGGAUGCCGUCGGACUCGUACCCUUACCCGCUAGGGAUGACGAAGACGGCGGCGGGCGUAACACGCGGCAUGCCGCCGCGCCUGCAGCCGCGGGCGACGGGGGAACUCGCCACAGCAACAAGGCGCCGGCGGCCGUAGACGAAGACCGGGAUGUCCGAGAGCUGGAGAGCAUGCUCAUGGGCCUCGAAGCGGAGGAAGAAGACUACGAGAAUAUUCCUUUCGCCGAGCUUACCGCGGACGGGGAGGCUGUGCUAGCCGAGGCAGCAGCCUCCGCCGACAUGGAAGAGGAGGAGGAGGCGUGUUUUGUCGCGGCCGGCGAGGGUACGGAAAAGGGCGAGACAAUGCCCGAGCCGCUGCCGGCCGCGAGAGGCGUCGGCGAGGGGAAUCGAGGGAGCGAGGCUACAAUGUCGGGGGCAAACGACGGCGUCGAUCGCGGCGGCGGCGGCGGCGGCGGCGGCGGCGGCGGCGGCGGCGGCGGUAGCAGGAACACUUCGCCCGCCUUCACGAUCGGCGAAGACGAGGAUGAAGGCGAUGCCGGGGGGCUCCAAGCUUCAACCACCGAGACGACAAGCCCCCCACCCGCCGCUUCUGCGUCCGACCUGAAGAGCACGCAGGCGUUACUCGGCUCCAUCGCCGACACCCUCACCCCUGCCGCGGCCGCCGGAGAUGGUGACUCCGAAUCGGACUUGGGCCGCCCCCUGCUGGCGACGCGUUCCGAGCUUGCGCUGGUCGACCUAAUGCAGGAGGCCGAGAAAGAGCCGGGGGUGCUAGCGGGGGCGGGGGAAUCAAGGCCUCCGGGCCCCACGAGCGAAACUGCUCCCCGGAGCUCUGGCGGGGGUAUCGGCGGCGCGGGGGGUGGGGGGGGGUCGGGACGGCACCGGAGUAGAGGAGGGCAGAGCGGCUUCGACGAGGUGCUUUCGGUGGGGUCCACCGCCUUAGGGUCGUCUGACGCCGCAGGGAAGGGAGGAGUCGGUAGCGGUAGCGGCGACAACCCUCGUCAUCACGAUGGCACGAAAGCAGGAGGAGGUGUCGGCGGGAGUGGCGCCGGUUCGACGGACGGGAGUUCGGCCGCCGAAAUAUCUCGAAAGGGUGCGGUGCAGCCGGCUGCGGCAGCGGCGAGCUAUGCUGCCGGAGAUGCUAAGGCCGCCGCCGCGGGCCCGUCGGAAUCUUCGAUAGCUGCUGCCGGCAACAGCGAGAGUGCUCCUCCGGCGGCGAGCCCGGUGUUUUCUCUGGGCCACGAGCGGUGGAUAACCUGCGGGUUCACGUCCGCGCACACGGUGGGGAGGAGGGAGGAGGAGGAGGCGUCCGUGGGGCGGGCUCUUCGAGAUGCCUCUAGCGUUCUCGCGCUGGACAGCAUGAACUACUUCUUGGCCAGGUAUCCCCGCUCGGCGGCUAGGGCGGUCAAGUCUUGCGCCCGCCGACACGCCAUGUCCAGGGGAGGCGGGGACUCUUGCCCGUUCCCGGUGCACGCCGGCGACAUCACCCGCGUCAUCGCGACCCUGCUGAGCCUCCAACAGCCUUCCCCCGCGUCCGGUGAGCCGGCUAGGGCGGACACCAAAAGCGGCGGCGGCGGCGCUGCUGCUGCGCCAGCGGAAUCAGGAGACGCGCGCGCGCUUAGGCUGGCCGCGCUUCCGUCGUGGCGGUUGCUGGAUUCCCCGAACGCCAUUCAGGAAGCGUUUUCCUGCGGCGUGCUGGUGAUGGAAAGGGCGCAGGCUGCGGGGGGGAGUGGCGGUGGCGGCGGCGGCGGCGGCGGCGGGCGGACCCAUCACCACAUGCGGUACGAAGAAAGCCUUCUCGAAAUGAGACGGGUGCUGCACGCCUGCAUACUGCACGCUCCCAGCAGCGUCGAGGGGUUCUGGGCCGCCGCCUCCGUAGAAGGAGGCGUGUCGCCCGACCCAGGGGACAUGAUUCCCUCGUCCCCUGAUGUGACAGGGGGCGAGGACGGGGAUCACGAGAAUCGUGAACCGGUCGCUCUGUCGCAGCAAUUGGUGCGGGUGUUGGGGCUGGCCGAGUUGGAUCUCCGGGCUGAAGACCUGCCGCUUUUGGGAGACAUGACGGCUGUGGGGCCGACCGGAGCCCCCUCCCCGGGCAAAAAAAACGCCUCUUUUGGCGAAACCUCCGUGGACGACAGGGUGGGCUGGUCGAGAGGCCGGUCGGUUUCGUCAUCGUCGGGGAUGGACGGUGCCGCGGUUCCCGCCACCGGCAGUAGCAGCAGCAGCAGCGAUUGGUUACUGGCGGGAGAGACGGCGCGGGCGGGGAUGAUCGAGAGCGUGGCGGCAGAGAACAGCGGCCGGCCGGGCGGCACGAGGGUGGUGGACGACGGGGUGUUCCAAGCUCGCCUGCUUUGUCCGUCACAGAUUCUGUCUGCCGCGGAAGCCCGAGCGCUCGCAAAUCACCUCCCCGCCACAGUCGCCUCGAGCGACUGGGUCAGCCUCUACUCGAACGCGCGGCACGGAGCUUCUCUCAAGACCCUCCUCGCGCGGUGCGCCGGCUGGCAGCCGACAUACAUGGUCAUUGAGGCGCGAAUCGCGGGCCCCCCUGGGAGCCGCAGCGGCGGCGGUAAGGCCUCCUCCUCCCCCUCCUCCUCCUUGCCCGCGAGAGAAGCGGGCGGUGACUCCGGAAUCGAAGGCGGCGCGGCGGCGACGUCGAAGGCGGAAGGCCCUAGCGUUGCCGUCGCAGGAGAGAAGGAGAAGCACGCGGCAGCGGUGGAGGGGACUGUCGUGUUCGGCGGCUUCGCGUCCGGGUCUCCCUGGAAGGACAUGGGCCGAGCCUUCGCCGGAGACGGCGGGUGUUUUCUGUUCGCCUUCGACAGGGACGACGCCUUGGCGGGGGGCGAAACGCCUAUCGGGAUAGAAACCCCCGGGGCCGCUGGUGGGGGAGCGGCAUUGCGCGUGUACCCGUGGGUGGGGUCGGACCGGUGCUUCAUGACGUCCGACGCUGCGGUCGGGUUGGGCAUGGGCGGCGGGGGAGACGGGGGCAACUUCGGCUUCCUCUUGAACGCGGACCUAGGGAGCGGAAGCACCGGCCCGUGCGGCACGUUCGGUAACCCUGACCUGGCGGCGCCGAGCGGGCGUGGCGCUGCUGAGAGUUCGUCCUCUGGGGGAGUUUUUGAUGUGGUUUCGGUAGAGGUGUGGGGGUUUCAGGCCUCGAAAGGUCGAGAUGACGAUGACGGGCUGACGCGGAUUGCUUUGUGAAGCCAGUCGGAGUCGGGGUUGGAGCUGGCUAAGACCCGCAAUGGUGUGUGGGACUUGUCUGGCAAUGAAAGUCAGUCAGUGUAUUGACGUG